AGAGUUGUGGGUGGUGUGCAGUGCGGGUUACCACAACUUCUCCCGGUUAACCGUCGUCGGGACCGAUAUUCGAAUCGCGGAUCGGCAUUGUCAUUAUCAACGCGAACCCCGUGGAUGCGGUGUGCAAGGUGCCGUUGUGUGCUGUGUGCUGUGUCACUCGUUUAUCAAUGAAGCUGGUGCCGCUCAGACCAUCAUUGGAUGAUAAUAAUGUGACAACACUUCUCGGGUUCAAGGCCAAAGAGCGAUUCAGAUCUGCAGGAGGUGCAAAAUAAGAAUCGAGGGGAAAAGCAACCUUUUCUGAAGAUCGUCCGACAUCCAUCCAUCCAUCCAUCCAUCCAUCCAUCCAUCCAUAUCCCCACCAAUAAAGAUAGAUUACCCUGGCAGCGACGGAAUGUACGGAAGCAGUGGAUCCGCUGGGGUUGGCGCGGGCUAUGCCGUCGGACUUCAUCAGGGUCCUGGAAACGCUCCGGUUUCCGGUUCCUACGCCGGAGUUCCGGCGCCGAUCGGUUACCAGCUGGGCCCUAACUCCGGAGCUCCAGUAUCCGGUGGACACUCCGGGUCCACCCCCGGCUCUCAAUUGCUUUCGUACCCCCAGGGUAACGCCGCCUUGUCGCCGCACCAUAUACACCAGAUGACAGGUACAGCGUCCGAUGCCUCGCAGACUAAGAGGAGAAGAUCCGAUGAGGACGACCCGAGCGGGGGAAAAUACGGCAGAAUGGAGGACGACAGUAUGCAAGACAAGGAAAGGUUCGCCAGCCGGGAAAAUCAUUGUGAGAUUGAACGUCGUAGGAGAAACAAGAUGACCGCGUACAUCACCGAGCUUUCGGACAUGGUGCCAACGUGUUCGGCUCUUGCUCGUAAACCGGACAAGCUAACGAUCCUCAGGAUGGCUGUUGCCCACAUGAAGGCAUUAAGGGGGACCGGUAACACCAGUACCGAUGGUACUUACAAACCGUCCUUCCUGACGGAUCAGGAACUAAAACACCUGAUCCUUGAGGCAGCGGACGGUUUCCUCUUUGUCGUGAGCUGUGAAACGGGACGGAUAAUAUACGUGUCCGAUUCCGUUGCGCCUGUGCUGAAUUACUCUCAGAGCGAAUGGUACGGUACGAGCUUUUACAGCCAAGUACACCCCGACGAUGCUGAGAAAGUACGGGAGCAGCUGAGCGCCGCGGAACCGCAGCACGCCGGCAGGGUCCUCGACCUCAAGACCGGGACCGUCAAGAAGGAGGGACACCAGUCAUCCAUGAGACUCUGCAUGGGCUCUAGAAGGGGUUUCAUUUGUCGUAUGAAAGUCGGAAGCCUUCAGACAAGCGGUGACAUGGCCGCAGCACAUGGUUUGCACCGUCUUAAGCAGAGAAACUCUUUGGGACCACCCGCAAGAGACGGUCAAAGUUAUGCAGUAGUACACUGUACUGGUUAUAUUAAAAACUGGCCCCCAACCGGUGAUUUUGUUUCCCCGUGUGUACCAGGUGUGGGUAUAGGUGACAGGGGUCAGGGUGGGGGAGUUCCAGGGGCCCCCGAUGGGGUCGUUGUUGACGACAGCAGCUCAUCACACUGCUGCUUAGUAGCCAUCGGACGUCUUCAGGUCACGAGCACCCCAAAUACCAGUGAUUUAACUGGUUCAAACAGUAACAAUGAAUUCAUCUCCCGUCAUUCGGCUGAAGGAAAAUUCACUUUUGUCGAUCAGAGGGUUGGUGGAAUCCUGGGAUACACGCCAUCUGAACUCCUCGGACAUCCCUGCUACGAUUUUUUUCACCCUGAAGACUUGACGCACAUGAGGGAAAGCUUUGAGCAAGUACUGAAACUAAAGGGCCAAGUUAUGUCGGUGAUGUAUCGAUUUCGGGCGAAAAAUAGGGAUUGGGUUUGGCUCAGAACGUCUGCCUUUGCGUUCCUCAAUCCUUACACAGAUGAGGUUGAGUACAUAGUCUGCACAAACACAACGGCCAAAUCCUUGCAUCCUGGCAGUGAGGGACAAACUGAAGGAGAGAACGUCACUGGUUAUGGACAACCUAGUCUCGACUACAGCGUCCAUAGGCAUUCGGCCAGGGAAGCCAUUUACCCGGCACAUCAAAUGAUGCAACAUCCCGCGACAGUUGCUACUGCAGGUCCUCAACAAGCAAGACCAUCCAGCGCUCAAAACGUUUACCAGGGAUAUGAAACGACCCAGUCACCAAUAGCCUAUGGAUCCCCUGGUCAGCAGAGCACCUCGUCUUCGGUUUUAAAUCGUAUACCAAAACCGGCAAACACAUCGCCAACUCCUGUUCAGCAAGCCUGGACACUCAGACAACAACAACCUGUCACCGAAGGCUACCAGUAUAACCACCAGUUGAGUCCGUCGAGAUCUCCAAGCGGUCCAACUUACACUCAACUUAGUAGUGGAGCUCGAACGCCUGCGGCAUCUUACCACGCGGUUACAACAGUCCCAAACAAUCCGGGCAUGUGGGGCUGGCAAGGCCAGCAGCAUCAAGGGCCGCAUCAAGCACAGCAAGACGGUGGACAGGCAGGUGCGCCGGUGGCUACUCAAGGCCAGGGUCCUCAUCCUUCGCAAGGAGGUCCAGGAGCGCAGCCUCAGGAGUUGUCGGACAUGUUACAGAUGUUACAGGACCAAGGAGGAGCCCCUGGUUUUGAGGAGCUCAAUAUGUUCAAUACCAAUUUCGAGUAGGAAGGUGGGCAGGGUAAAUCUUGGUGGUCGAAAAAUAACUAAUGAAUAUAACUAUUAUUGAUAUUGUAUUUUUCCACCUUCGAUAUUACGCCCUUUUAUUGAUAUUUUUACUCAGCCCUUACCAUCCUUCCUGAUCUUAAUACUUUCAAUUUAGAAAAGAAACAAAGUAAAUGAAAUUUAACAAAAUUAAGCGAAUUCAAGUAAGGAUAGUUAAUAAGCAGAAUUUGCAAUUUCUACUUGGAAUGGUAUUUUAAAUAUAUUUAAUUGUGUACAUUUUAUGAUCAACUUUAAAUCAUUGAUCGAUCCACGUUACAUAAUGAUUUCCCAGUGCUGGGGAGAAACUUAUUGCAAAAGAGGAAAACAAUUUAAAAAGAAAAGGAAAAAAAAAAUGAAAACUGCAAGGAAUUAAAAAAAAAAUUGAAAUAUUUUUCAAACUUUUCAGAAUAGUUACGAAUAAGAAAUUGAAACUUUUCGACUGCAAGCUUUCAACAUAGAUAUAUGAUAAGGAGUAGCUUAAUGAAUUUGUUUUUUCAUAUACUUGUAAACCGUGCAAUUACUAUAAUGUUUUUAAUGACAGAUAUUAGACAAACACACGACCGUGACAAUGUACAAAAUUAUGUGACUCACCUGAAGCUGCUUGUUAUUUACAAAAUGAUGUCAUUUAUGGAUGACAAUUUUUUAAGUAAUAUUUUUUCUUAGAUAUUAGUAAUAACGUAGCACAUAAUUAAAUAAUUGUAAUUAUAAUAAGGCGAUCACUUGUGAAUUGUUGCAUUUGUAUAUGUUUAGCAAUAUUUUAGAUUGAGAGCAAGAGAGAGAGAUUGAGAAAUAACAAAAAAAAGUUU